AUGAAUCAAAGUUCAAAGCCAUCAGCGAACCCAUCUAGCAAAAAGCAGCAACAAGCGGCACAAAAACAACCGCCUCCAUCACAGGAACAACAGAAUUCCGGUCUAGAUCAAUCGUCUGCUAUCCUUGCCGCAUCCAAUGUUUCAUCAAGCUUAAAUUCAGAAAAAAUGCAACAAAUCCAGGACAAGGUUCGGGAACUCGAGCAUUUACUUAAAAUCAAAGACAUGAGUGCUCAGAUGGCUAGCUACUUUGACGAGUUAGCCAAGAGUAUGGAAGGUCUGGCUGGAGGAGCACAAGCUGUUUCAGACGUCUUGAGUAAUUGGAACCAUGUGUUUAGAACAAUGAGUAUGGUGGCGCCAAGGCAGCCUAAAGGUGAAGAGGAGGAGGAAGGUGCCGAUGAUAAAAAGGUGGAUGCGGCCACAGAAGAAACAGCCACGCCAGUCCUGGUUCGCGUGCCUUUACCCUUGACCAAGCAAAUGUCAGACCUGUCAUUCUAA